AUGGCCGAACCACCACUUAGUAUUUUUAACCGUCCAAUUGUUGGAGACACUCUAAAAUUCUUAUCAUCGCCAGCUCUCUGGUCUCGAGAGCUAUCGAAGCGAGGCGAUGUAGUUAAAGCAUAUAUUCGUGGUAUAGAUGGAUUGAAAAUGAGUACGGUCUAUCAUUUAUCGGGUGUUGAAGGACUAAAAGCUUUUUACGAUGAAAAAAAUGUUGCACGUGGAUCAAUUGAUACACCACCAGAUCCAUAUUUAUUUGACAAUUAUCUGUUUGUUGUGCCGAAAUUGAAUUUGGAAGCGCAUAAGAUAAGAAAAGGAAUAUUAUUGCAGGUCGUACAUUCUCCUGAAAAUAUUGAUCGUUUCAUUGAGACUAUUGUCUCAUUGAGCCAAGGUUUUAUCGAAACAUUAUCAGCUAAAAUUAAAGAUGGAAAACUAGCCAAAAUUCCAUUAAAUACCGCAAUACGACAGUUUACGGCAAGAUUCACCGCAAAAUAUUUAUGGAGUUAUGAUGAUGCCGAUGGCAUAUUCAUACGCAAGCAAUAUGAAGCUAUUAACGACAUCUCAUCGGUUCCAUUGAAAUUACCAUUUUUUGCAUAUAAUGAUGGAAUAAAAAUUGCAAAGUGGCUUCGUGAGUUUUCAUAUUCACGUUUAGCGGAACACCGUCUAGAACCUGACAAAUAUAACGAUACUAUGAAAUUAUUAAUGAAUGCCGUCCCAAGAUUAACUGACGAAGAGCUUAUCUUGGAACUUAAUCAUUUGCUUUUUGCGAUAAAUGGUCUUUCGUCUACUGCUACUGGCGCUAUUAUUAAGUUAUUACAGCAUAAAAAUACAGAAAUUUAUGGAAAAGUAACUGCUGAAAUUGAGAAUAAUCGCGAACUAUUAGAAUCUUUUAACAACAAUCAAUCAAUCAACGGAAAAAAAAUCGACGAAAAGUUUCCGUAUCUUUUAAACGUUAUCAGAGAAUCCCUGCGACUUUACCCUGUUGCGCCAAUGCAAUUAGCAAAUUCUGUUAGAGAAUUCCAGGUAGAAGGAUACAAGAUACCAAAAGACGUUAUAGUGAUUGGAGCUAUAUAUGGAAAUGGAUUCGAUCCAAAAUUAUAUCCAGAUUCAGAAGAAUUUCGUCCCGAACGUUUCGAACACGAAAUAACGAAUACCACUAGUGGAUACGAAUACUCCUCAUUCGGAGCUGGUGAUAUAUCAACAUCACAUCGCUGUGCUGGUCAACCAGCAGCACUGAGCUACUGCGUUUACAUUAUUGCCCGUUUAUUGGCGAAAUUCGAGAUUUCUCUAGUCGACUCAAAUCAAAGUUUCAGUUGGACUACUGCGUUUCCUAGACCCGUGAAUGAAUGCCCGGUUGAGAUAAAGUUUAAGUCUUGA